AUGCCCGCCCAGCUUCCUGCUUAUUUCAGUGGAAGAGACUCCAUGGUGGCGUUUGCAGAUAAAAUGGUGGGCAGUAGUGAGUGGACGCGGGAUUGUGAAAGGUGGUGGGAGAAACGUCUACUUCCUGUGGCAGCUGUAGUGGCCUUUGAGUGGCUGAAGACCAGCACCCUCACAGGCCUUCACCCAGACCUACCACCCUCUUUCCCCAGCUUGACUGAACCCCUGCACCUUGUUCGUGCCUUCAGCAGGGGUGAUUACAUGGGUCGUGUUCAGGAUGUGGGCUGGGUGACUGCAGGACUGUUGCUCUCAGCUGGUGCUUGCUACUACAUUUACAGAUUAACAAAAGGAAGAGCCCAGAGUGUGAGGAGACUGGACAGAAAUGGGUCAGAAGACAAGAUGGAGACUGUGGUUGGGGCACAGAACCAGACCUUGGCCAGAGUCAGUGAAGCCAUGGCUGAAAUAGAUAUUGAGACUAGAACUAAGGCAGAGACUGGAUCAGUAACUGGAGUAGGAUGUGAGGCUGGGGCUGAAGUAGAGACUCAGAUUGCAAGAGCCAGACACAAUGCAAGCUCUAGGGCCAACGCAAUGUCUGGAUCAGAGGGAGAAAUCCAGUCAGAAGGUAAAACAAUGGCUGGAACAGUGGCCAUAACAGAGGCACCUCUGACUGAGGCCACGGACAAACCUGAGGAAGCGGGCCUAAAAGAGGCAGUGACCCAAACUCACUCUGGUGCUGGGAGAGUGGUCAAGAAAGAAGCAGUCACCCAGACCAAGACUAAAGCUUGGGCACCAGUGGCCAGGGAAGAGAUCAAGAAAGAAGUACUGACCCAGACCAAAGCAGAAGCUUGUAUGUUGGCUGAAAAAGAGGCAGAAAUUAAGAGAACAGUGACGACACAGAGUGAGACCUUGACUGUGAUGAAGGAAGAGGCCAAGAUGGGUGCUGUAAACAAGACUGGAAUUAUUGCUGAGACCAAGGCAAGAGCUCUGGAAGAGACUGUGAGUGUGGCCAAGAUUCCAACUGAGGGCAGGCCUGGUACCACAAUUGAUGUUAAAGGAAAUGUUGAUACCAUAUCCAGGGCAGAAACUGGAGUAGAUUUGAGGGCCUUUGCACAGUCUCAGACUAUGGCCAUAACCCAGGUUGACAAUAUGCCUGGUUCUGGAACUGAAGCCACACUGAAUUGGAAAAUUAUGUCUGGGGCAGAUGUGAGGGCUUCAGCCCAGCCUCAGAUUAUAGCCAAUGCCCAGGCUGAGGCCAUUUCUGGGGCAAGGAGAGAUACUCAUGGUAAUGCCAAUGCUAAGUGUGAGACAGGGGCAGCAGCAGAUAUGAUAGCUUCUAUACAAUCUCAGACUGUUUCUAAGCAACAGACGGAGGCAAUAUCUGCUGCCAAGGCUGAUGACAGGGAAAAUACCAGUGUCACAUCUAGAGUAAUGAUUGGAAUUGACAUGAGAGUUACUGCUCAGCCCCAGGCAUUCACCGUUGUUCAUACUGAGGCUAUGGCUGAUGCUAAGGCUCAUGAUAGAGGCAACCCCAAUGCUGUGUCUAAAACAGGGGGCAAGGCGAACUUGAGGGCCAAUUUCCAGACUGGUGCUAUGUCCAAUGAGGAGGCUGAGACAUACAUGUCAUAUACACAGUCUCAGCCUAUGGCCAAUGUGCAGACUGAUGCCUUGUCUGAUUACCAAGUUAAGGCCAAGAGCAAUCCCAAUGUGGUGUCUAAGGAAGAGUCUGGAAUGGACACAAAGGCACAGUCUCAACUUGAUACUGCUAAAAAUCAGGUUGAGGUCCUACCAAGUAAAAGAGCCAAGACUAGAAGCAAAGGUAAAGCCAAGAGUAAAGCAGGGAUGGGGACAGACACAAAAACUUGUGUGGAGCUUCAGACUGAGACUAAAACACAAACUGAUGCCUUGCUUGAUUUUAGAGUUGGUGACAAAAGUGAUACUAAUGUCAUUUCUAGAUCAGAGACUAAGACGGAAAUGAAGCCUCAGGCUAUGGCCAGUUCCCAAGGAGAGACCUUGCCUGGUGCCAAGAAUACAGUCAAGGGUAAUCCUAAUGUCAUGUCUAAGGUCAAUGCUAUGGAAGAUGCAACAUGUUCUCAGCCGCAGACUGUGGUCAAUUCCCAAAGUGAACCUUUGCUUGGUACCAAAAAUAAGGCCAGAGGAAAUCCCAACGCUAUAUCUAAGAUUGGGGACAGUGCUGAUACAAUGGACUUAAUCCAGGACCAGGCUUUGGCCAUUUCCCAGACUGAUGUCUUGCCUGGUACCAAGAAUAAAACCAAAGGAAAGUCCAAUUCUGUAUCCAAAACAGAGACUGGGUCAGAUACAUGUUCCGGUCAGUCACAGACUUUGGCCUGUUCCCAGAUUGAAGUCUUGCCUAGUACCAAAAAUAAGGCCAAGGGAAAUCCCAGUGCUAUGUCUAUAGCAGGGACUGGGUCAGAUAUUGUACAUUCUUGUCAGCCCCAGACUUUGGCAAAUUUUCAAAGUGAAGCCUUGCCUGGUACCAAGAAUAAGGUCAAGGGAAAUCUCAGUUCUGUGUCUAAAGCAGGGACUGGAUCAGAUACAGUAUGUUCUGAUCAGCCCCAGACUUCAGGCAGUUUGCAAAGUGAAGCCUUGCCUGGUACCAAGAAGAAGGUCAAGGCAAAUCCCAAUGCUAUGUCUAAAGUAAAGACUGGGUCAGAUUUGGUAUGUUCUGGUCAGUCCCAGACUAUGGCCAGUUCAGAAGGUGAAUCCUUGCCUAGUGCAAAGAAUAAAGCCAAAGGCAAGUCCAAUGCUAUAUCAAAAGCAGGACCUGGGCCAGAUACACUGUGUUCUUUCCAACCCCAAGCAGAUACUAUAACUGUUGCUCAGCUCCAGUCUGUAGACAAGCCCCAAGAUGAGGCCUUGCUUGGGGCUAGGAAUAAAGUGAAGAGCAAUUCUGGGGCUAAACUAGAUUUGACAGUCUCUGCCCAGCUCCAGGCUGUGGACAAUUCACAGAGUGAAUCUUCGCCUGUUACUAAGACUAAGGGCAGGGGCAAUCCUAAUGCUGUAUCUGCUCAGCCUCAAACAGAAAAAACGGGCUCUGCUCAGCUACAAGCUGUAGCCAACUCUCAGGAUGAUGUCUUGCCUAGGACUAGGAAUAAAGUCAAAGGCAAUUCUAAUGUAUCUAAGGUAGACAUCAAGUCAGGUCCAAUGAGCUCUGACCAGACUUAUGCCGUGUCUAAAUCUCAAAAUGAAGGUGAGGCCUUAUCCUGUGCAAGAAAUAAGGCCAGUGGAAAUACCAAUACUACGCCUAAAUCUGGGGCUAAAGCACAUACAACAGAUUCUGUCCAGCCCCAGGCCAAUUCACAAUGUGGAUCUUUGCCUGGUACCAAGAAUAAGGGCAAGGGCAAUUCUAGUACUAUAUCUAAAGCAGGGACUGGCUCAGAUGUAUUAUGUUCUGCUCAGCCCAAAACAGAUACCACAGGCUCUACUCAGCCCCAGGCUAUGACUAUCUCUCAUGAUGACACUUUAUCUGGUGCUAGGAGUAAAUCAAAGGGUAACCCAAAUAAUGUGUCUAAGGCAGAUGCUAAAGCCAAUACAGUAGGCUCUGCACAGUCUCAGGCUAUCACUACUUCUCAGUGUAAGGUCUCACCUGGUGCCAAAAAUAAAAUCAAGGACAAUCUUAAUGUAUCUAAAGUAGAGUCUGGAGCAGGCAUGGUGGGCCCUAUCCAGCCCCAAACUCUGCCUUAUUCCCAAAGUGAAUGUUUAUCUGGUACCAGGAGUAAGGUCAAAGGCAAUCCCAAUACUAUGAUUAAGACAGGGGCUGAACCAGGUUGUUCUCAUAAUGAAACUUUGCUUGGUGCCAGGAGUAAGAUUAGAAGGAAUCCUAAUGUUGAGUCUAAGGCCGGUAAAUCUGGAACUCAUUCCCAGCCUGAGACAAAGAAAAAGAAAGCAACCAAAUCGGAGGCAGAAGUCACAGAAGGUGGAAGCUAUGCAAAUCCUGAGACUAUGGCUACUACUGAGAGUGAGGGUGGGAUUGGCUUCCAGGCUUCCAGAAAGACUCGGCCUAAAGCCCAGGACUAUUACUGGAGUGAGAUUGGUGUUGAAGACUGGAUAGAUUCUGAUCGAUGGAUCAAAUUUAGAUUUCAGGCCAAGGAUGGAUACUGGGAGAACAGCAUGUCUUGGGCUGAUGAUGAGAAUGAAGUCAGUAUUGGAUCCUGGAAUGGUGUUUGCAAUGAGGCUAGCAUUAGGACCUGGCCUGCGUCAAGGACUGAGAAUGAAGUUAGUAUUGGUUCCUGGGCUGGAACUGGGGACCAGGCCAGUGGAGGUCUUUGGACUGGGAGUCAGGCCAGUGAGAGUUCUUGGGCAGAGGCCGGGAAUAAAGCUAUUGCAGGAUACUGGACUGGUACUGAAAACCAGGCCAGUGGCGGGUCCUGGGUUAGCACUGGAAAUCAGACUAUUGGAGAGCCAUGGGCUGCAAGCCAGGCCAGUGGAGGGCUUUGGGCAAGGAAUCAAGUUGGUGAUGCAUCCUGGGCUGGGGCCCAGGCUAAUGGUAUGUCCUGGGUUGGUGUCCAGGUCACUGGAGGGUCCUGGACUGUGGUGGGAGACCAGGCCAGUGGAGGGCCCUGGGCUGUGGCUACUGACCAGGCCAGUGGAGGGUCCUGGACUGUAGUUGGUGACCAGGCUAAUGGAGGGUCUUGGACUGUGGCUGGUGACCAGGCCAGUGGAGGGUCCUGGACUGUGGCUAGUGACCAGGCUACUGGAGGGUCCUGGACUGUGGCUGCAAACCAGGCCAGUGGAGGAUCUUGGACUGUGGCUGGUGAACAGGCCAAUGUAGGGUCCUGGACUAUGGCUGCAGGCCAGGCUAGUGGAGGAUCCUGGACUGGGCCUGAGGAACAGGCCAGUGGAAGGUCUCAGGAUGAGUCUAAUAGAGAGUUCUGGACUGAAACUAAGACUGGUAAUGUGAGUAGCAUUGGCUACUGGACUGCUUCUGUGGACCAGACCGGUAAAGGGUCUUGGGUCAGGAUGGAUGGUUCCAAGCCUAGAUUUGAUCAUUAUGCCUGUGAUAACACGUCCUGGACUGGAACUGUGGACCAAACCAGUGGAGAGUCUAGGUUGGGGCCAGUAGGCCAGUCAAAUAGUGAAUCCUGGGCUAGGACUGGAGAACAGACUGAUGGAAGGUCUCAGCCAGUGUUUCUGGACCAGUCCACUAUCAAUGCCUGGGCUGGUACUAUAAACCAGGCCACUGGAGGCUAUUUACUUGUGGCUUUGAACCCGCCCACUGUCCAGUCCCAGACUGGGACAGUUCAUCAGUCUGGUGGUGAUUCUAAUCCUGGAUCUGGGGAUCAUAUCAUUGAAGAUGGGUCUUUGGUUGGCGCUGAUGGCCACACUGAUGGAAGUUCUAGGUUGGGGUCUGAGGACCAGUCCAGUGACAAAUCUUGUGCUGACUCUGUAGAUCAAGUCCAUGAAGGGUAUGUAGUUGAAGCUGUGGAGGAGGCUAAUAAAGAGUCUUUGAGUGUACCUGGAGAUCAGGCCUGUGGUGGUGAAAAGCUUGGAUUUGAGGAUCAGGCCAGUGGAAGAGGGUCAUGGACAGAGAGCAAGGGGAAAGUUGGUGGAGAUUCUGGUUUGGAACCUAGAGACAAGUCCAUUGGAGAACCCAGGCCAGGGUCUGAGGAUCAGUCUAGUAGAUGGCUGAAUGCUUGCACUGGGAGUCAGGGCAAUGCAGGAGAGUCCUGGAGUGCUGCUGGUGGUCAGGCUAUUCAGGCAAUAGGAGGGUCUAAGGUAGAGACUGUUAAUCAAUCCAGUGGUGAGCCCUGGGCUGACACUGGAAUUCAGGUCAGUGGUGUGCCCUGGGUUGGGUCUGAGGAUCUUACUGGUAUCAGUCACAAACCUGAAGUUAAGGAUCAGAUUAGCAGAGGUUUGUGGCUCGGUGCUGAAGGCCAAACUAGUGGAGAAUCCAGGCUUGAGCUGGAGGACCAGUCCAGUAGAGGAAGUUUCAGGGAUGCAACCGGUGCUCAGGGUGUUGGAGAUUCUGCUUCAGAACCUGCAGAUAAUUCCAGUGGUGGUUCAGGAUCUGGAAGUGAGAGCCAAACCAGUGAAGCAUUCUGGAUUGGGACUGAGAAUCUCACUAGUAGCGGUCUUGAACCUGAGCAGGCUAGUGGAGUCUCUUGGGCUAGCUCAGGUGAUCCAACUGGUGUAAAGUUAUGGAUUGGAUGUAGUCCAGUGAAUGAGGCCAAUAAAGUAUCUAGAGUGGAACCUGUGGACCCAACAAGUGGAGGGUCCUUGUCUGUAACUGAGGACCAGGCCAGUGGAAGAUCCCAGGCAAGUACAGAGACAGAGGCGAAAAAAGCACCCUCCUGUUUUGGCGCUGAAGGUGAGGUUAGUGGAGAGUCCUGGUUUUGGAAAGGGGAAGAGGUUGGUUGUAUAUCCAGACUUGUCAGUCAAAAGGAAGUGAGUAUUGAAUCCAUUUCAGAGACUGAGGAAGAGGCAGUAAUUAGCUCCUGUAAGACAUCUGGAGAAGUGGUCGGUAUGGCUUCUUACGUAGGACCUGCGGCCAGGCCUGGAGAUAAAGUCAGAGAGGAAUCUUGGCGCUGGGCUAGAAAUGCAGCUGCUUCUGUAUCUAGAGUUGGCACUGAGGGAGAGGGUAACAUGGAGUCCUGGGCUUUGUCUCAAGAUGUAGAUGAUGAUGAUGAACUAAGUAGAGUGUCCAGCCCUGAAUGUGGGGCUAUGGGUAAGACCAGCACCGAUGAUAAACUGGAGGCUGCUGGUGGAGUUGAUCCAAGCUCUUGGUUCUGGGAUGGUGAAGACAGAAGUGAGGACAAGUGUGCACCUCAGACUAAGUCAAAAGGUACCUUUCCCUUUAUGGUCCCUGGGGCAGGAAUGGACUCAUGGUCAGGAGCCAUGUUCCGGUCAGAAAUGAAAUUACCAAACCAAAAUCAGUCCUGCUACCCACAUGAAGAAGGGCACAGAAAACAUGUCAGAUCUGAGGAAAAAGCUCAGUCCGGGCCUUGUCGUUGUAAACAUGAAGCAAACACGGAUCCAAAAGACCUUGAAAAACUCAUUUCCAUGAUUGAGAUGACUGAAGAUCCUUCUAUUCAUGAAAUAGCCAACAAUGCUUUGUACAACAGUCCUGAUUGUCCACUUGUUCAUGAAGCUACUCGUAAUGCAGGUAGAAUCUCAAUUAUUGAAAGCUUACUCACUAAUCCCUACCCCAGUGUUAGGCAAAAGGCCUUAAAUGCACUGAAUAACAUCUCAGUGGCUGAAGAAACUCAUAGGCAGGUGAAGACAUACUUAAACCAGGUAUGUGAGGACACUGUCACCUAUCCUUUGAAUUCAAAUAUGCAACUGACUGGACUAAAAUUGAUAAAGCACCUGACUGUUGUUGGUGAAUAUCAGCAUAUGAUUACAAAUUACAUAUCAGAAUUUCUUCGUUUGCUAACUGUGGGGAGUGGAGAAAUUAAAAAUCAUGUUUUAAGAAUGCUUCUGAAUUUCUCUAACAAUCCAUCUAUGACAAAAGACUUGCUAAUUGCCAAUGCACCAGCAACACUGAUUAAUAUUUUUAACAAGAAAGAAACAAAAGAAAAUAUUCUCAAAGCUCUUUUAUUAUUUGAAAAUAUAAAUUUUCAUUUUAAGAAAAGAGCAAAAGUAUUUACUCAGGACAAGUUCAGUAAAAAUUCCCUUUAUUUUGUAUUCCACCGGCCAAAAGCAUGUGCUAAGAAACUUAGAGUCUUAGCAGCAGAAUACAAUGACCCUGAAGUAAAAGAAAGAGCUGAGUUAUUAUUAAGUAAACUAUAAAUAUUUGUAUAUUUCCAAACAAAUCUGAGGUUUUUAAGUCUGGAAAUAAUUCUCAUUGUAAAUUGCAUUACAACUUUGGAACUCAUUUUACUUACGAUGAAUGGUCUAUAGCUGGACCAUUUCCUGAACACUAAAUCAACUCAAACUUGUACUGAAAAUACAUGUAUUGAUUUUUACCUUGUCUGGAUUGAGAUAUUUUUAGUAUGCUUCAUGAGCAGAAACUGAACCGAUUCUUCAUAAGUAAGGUAAUCUUUGGUCCUUUUAGUGGACUUAUGUUUAUACAUUUGAGACUUUAUUUUUAUGUCAUCAAUAAAGUUGUGUGUGUUUACGCAGGAAAAAAA